AUGCGUUCAAUCAUUAACGUCAUCUUUGCUGCACUUCUGUUUGCGAACAGCAUCUCGAGAGCUGUUGGCUUUCCUGGUCGACUUCAAUUACGAGAUGAUCAACAUUAUGAUGAUUUAAUUGCUUCAGAACGGCAGAGUGAAGAGGGUGACUACGAUCAAACUUACAAUGAAUUGGAACAGCUUAUCAGCCAUUUAACAGAAGAUGAUAGGCAACUUGUCUACACUAUCAUUCAACUGACUGCAUUGGUUGAAAGCCGUUCAUGCAUAAAAGAUGAAGAAGCACGAAAUAAUUUCGUUCAUGGAAGUCGUAUUUCUCGUGAAUCAUGCACUUUAUUUUUGGCUAUUCUUUUAUCACAUGAAAUUACUCAUGCGGUGAAAUAUAUAGCUGAAAAACAAAAAACUACACCAGAAUUAUCAUUUUUUAGAACAUAUUCAAGUCCUGAUGAAUAUGAUGGUGGAAAUGCAUUGAAACACGAAUUGUUUUGUGGUGAAAUGCAUAUUAAUCGUGAUUUUCGUCGAUUAGGAUUAAAACGUCAACGUAUAAAUGAUAGUAGAAAAACUCAUUAUGAUUAUUCCGAAUCAACUGAUUAUGAAAAUAAGAAGAACGAUGAAGAACCUGUACCUCUACUUCGUUAUCAUACACGAACAAGUGUUUUUAAAGAAACGGAUAAUGUUAAUCCAAAUGAAUAUUAUCAAUCGUUGUUAAAGUACCACUGUGAAAAAGACACUUCGCAAGCCCAAUCUCCAGAUGAUCCACUAUUAUCAUGA